GGUCAACGCUCCAGGAGGUUCUGUACGUGGCAGCGACCAAAACCCCUCUCUAUCCUGUUCAUAACCAGGGGGUACCAACUGAAACUGUGUCCACAUACCAAGGUGUGACGUUGCUCUGUAAUACCCAAGAGAAUAAAGGUUAUUGAAAAAGACAGAAUGGGGAAGUCUCUGUUUUUCAUCUCCUGGGCUCUGCUCUGCUGCUGCUGGACCACACAAGCAGAGAUCUUCACCUCUAUAGGCCAAAUGACAGACCUGAUCUACACAGAGAAAGAGCUGGUCCAAUCCCUGAGGGAGUACAUAAAAGCAGAGGAGUCAAAGCUCGCUGCAGUCAAAAGCUGGGCCAAGAAACUGGAUGCUCUGACCAGAGUGUCCACCUCUGAUCCAGAGGGCUACCUCGCCCACCCAGUAAAUGCCUACAAACUGAUGAAGAGACUCAACACAGAGUGGUCUGAACUGGAGAGCCUGGUGCUUCAGAACCCUUCAGAUGGGUUCAUUUCCAACAUGUCCAUACACAGACAGUACUUCCCAGAUGAGGAGGACGAGACGGGUGCAGCCAAGGCGUUGAUGCGUCUUCAGGACACGUACCAACUGGAUUCUGAGGCCUUCUCAAGAGGAAAGCUGCCAGGUUUGCACUCCAACGCCUUUUUGACAGUGGACGACUGCUACGACAUGGGGAAGACGGCUUAUAACGACGCAGACUAUUAUCAUGCUGUGCUAUGGAUGCAGCAGUCUUUGAAGCAGCUGGAUGCCGGGGAGGAAGCUGUGGUUUCCAAGGCGGACAUUUUGGACUACCUCAGCUACUCUGUUUACCAAAUGGGAGACCUGCCUCGAGCCAUUGAACUGACACGCCGGCUGGUGGCUAUUGAACCCGGCCACCAGAGGGCAGGAGGAAACCUCCGUUAUUUUGAGCGGUUACUGUUCAAGCAGCUCAAUGAGCUGAACCAGGCCUACCAGCCUUCCUCUGAGGAGCCCAUCCAGCUGGGAACCUACAGCAGACCUAAGGACCAUCUCCCAGAGAGAGAGGCGUACGAGGCCCUCUGCAGAGGAGAGGGGCUUCAAAUGAACGACAAGAAGCGCAGCCGUUUGUUCUGUCGCUACCAGGAUGGUAAGAGGAACCCUCGUCUCCUGCUGAAGCCCAUGAAGGAGGAGGAUGAGUGGGACAGCCCCCACAUCGUUCGCUACCUGGACGUCCUGUCACACGAGGAGAUUGAGAAGAUUAAGGAGCUGGCCAAACCCAGGCUUGCCAGAGCUACUGUCCGUGAUCCCAAAACAGGUGUCCUGACCACAGCCAACUACAGAGUAUCAAAAAGUGCAUGGCUGGAAGGAGAGGAUGACCCCGUCAUUGAAAGGGUUAAUCAGAGAAUAGAAGACAUCACAGGCCUCACAGUCACCACUGCAGAGUUACUUCAGGUUGCUAACUACGGAGUUGGAGGACAGUAUGAGCCACAUUACGACUUCUCAAGGCGUCCUUUUGACAGCACCCUCAAGGUCGAUGGAAAUAGACUUGCUACCUUCCUAAACUACAAAGAUGAGCCUGAUGCUUUCAAAAGAUUAGGCACUGGAAAUCGUGUGGCAACUUUUUUGAACUACAUGAGUGAUGUCGAGGCGGGAGGUGCCACGGUCUUCCCUGACUUUGGAGCUGCAAUCUGGCCUAGAAAGGGGACGGCAGUGUUCUGGUAUAAUCUCUUCAAGAGCGGGGAGGGAGACUAUAGGACCAGGCAUGCAGCCUGUCCUGUCUUAGUAGGAAGUAAAUGGGUGUCAAACAAGUGGAUUCACGAGCGAGGACAAGAGUUCAGGAGACCCUGUGGCCUGACAGAAGUGGACUGAAGAUUGACCCACAUCUAAGGAACAUGCAAACAAAACACACUCACACACACACAUGUACAUGCUCUGUAGUGCCUUAUUUCUGGCAAUAAUGCAACUCUCAGACACUUACAAAAGUGCUGUCCCUCUCAACUUGUCAACAUGGUUAACAAAUGUUUUAUGAGGAUAUUGUGACACAGGUAUGCAAAGAUAAUAUAUUUCUUUUCACUAGAACAUGUAGAGCUCAGUUCUCUGUCAGGCAUCCUCACACCACCCCCACCGGAUAAAAAAGGAAAUUAAGUGAAAACAUUUUUUUAAAUUGUUAAUAACUAAUAAACAUUAAAAACUAUUACUUUAUGAGCACUCAAAAUUAAAUUACUGGUAGAUCCAAAUGUGUGGGUCCACUGCCAAACCUUUCUAUUGAUACCAGAACCUAAUUCUUGGGGUUUUUUAGCUGUCAGGUGAACAGCUUUUACCUCAGACUGCUCUUACAAGCAACUUUCAAUUUUUCAUAGUAAAAACAUCAGCAUUAGUGGUUAUACAGAGAAGCUUGUUUGAAUUUAUAUAUCUCAGCUGUUCCAUACAGGAUGGUGUGACGGUUUUUGUUUUAGAUUUAUUUCAAAUUCACUCAUACGUCUUAAAGACAAAGAACAAAAAGAUUUACACAUAUUUAACAUAUUUCUGAAUAUGAAGCAGCUUUUGGUAAUGAACAGCUAUAGACUUUGUACUACAUUCACUUUUUGCAAGUUAACCCAGAGUUAACCAUUAACGCUAAUUUUACAGUAUGAACACAUUGUCAAGUUGUUCUGCAAGUUCCUGAGUAGAACUGAAAACCUUUUUCAUAAAUAUUUGACUGCCAGCAAUCAGAAAUGUCAGUUUACCAAAAAACCUUAUAUUAAAUCUAUAGUCUGGUAUUGGUUCAUUUUAGAGGUUUAUUUGGGAAGCAGUCUCAGAAAAACAACUUUUCUCUGCUGGUUAUUUUAAACAGAAAUAGAGCAAAUAUUAGGAAAUAAACAUCCCAAGUUACAAUCUUUAGCUUUAGCACUGUAUCGUCUUUAUCAUUUGCAUAUAUCUUUUAUCAUUUGCAUCCAAAGUGUUUUUCCCAGUCCAGCCUGACAGAUAAAUACAUUUCCUCCAAAUCAUGCCCAGGACAUUUUUAUUUAUAUAGUGUUUAAGUUAUUACAUUGUUGUUACAUUGUGUGCCCUUUCUACAAGAUGGCAAACAAAUAAGUCAAUAAACAGUGGCUUUUACUAAAAUGUUUUGUGCUUUCAUUCACAGUUUUCAUGAUUUCUCACCGUGUCAUCAAAAUCAGACUGACUCUAAAUCUGUUGCCAGCGUUUUCCUAUGAAUCUGAAGCAUGGAGUGUUUAGGAUCCAGAGGCUUCAUUAAUACCAUAUCAAAGUCCUCAAAGUGUAAUUUUUAUAUCCACCAAUGUGCCUGUUACACCACCCACAUGCAGCAAGAAGCUAAAGAUGAUGGCAUU